AUGCAGAUGGACCUUCAUCAGGAAAAUAUUGAUAUAUCUUACAGGCCUCGUUUUCCUCUGCCGGAUGAACUCUUGGCUUUGGACAGGAUGGAGACUGUUUGUCAAUACUGCGGUGUUAGUUAUCUUAUCCUCUCCGAGUUCAAAGACUUAGAGAAGACCAAACGGCUUCAGUUCAUUGACCUGCUUACCGAAGUUCGGGAUCUUAAACGCCUGGCCCAUUCUCAUGCAUCCGAUGCAAAAUCUCUCAAUUUACAACGCGAAAUGCAGCCGUUCAUCUGCUAUGCAAACAAACUUCUCUUGGAAACUGGGCAACAGAUGAGAAAUCUGAAGGCUAAUUUCCUCCAAGCGAAGGAGAAGGCAGAUAAAAUGGCCAAAGCCCACAAAGCAGAGCUUUCCUGUCGUACCGCGGAAGCAGCGCAACUGAAGGAAAAAAUUGCAAAACAUUCGAGACAAUUGGCUGAACUUCAGGGCCUCCUCGAUGCCAAAGAAAAGGGCGACCGGGGUCUACUGGUUGCACAACUAAAGAAGACCUUGACGAUGCUUCAAGAAACGCGUCAGUUGUGCUCUACCAUCUCUCUCCAACAUGCGCAGAUUCGACAGGAGAUCAAAUCAGAGUCGCAGCGCAUUGCGGGAGUAACAGAACGACUGAGCUUCUCAGCAUCGCAGCGUUUCCUAAAUAAUCCUAUUGUGUUCAACAGAAACCCAUUCAGUAGUUCCAUGCAUUUCCGAGUUCGCACCACCAGCAGUGGGCUGGGUUUAGUUAAACUGCAAAUAGCCCAAUACCUUGACUUUUUUAUGGUUUCUCAUCCGCCUUUCCUUUACUCUGCCUACCUUCAAAAGUUGCUUGCUUACGAAAAGGCCAGGACAAAUGCUCUUCUUCGACAGGCUGAAGAAUUGAGCAAGCAGAUAAAAGACCUGAAGGCGGAUAGUCAGAAACAGAAAGUGCCGACAGCAGAGACUGAUGAUUAUGUGAUUCACCUGACCGCCAGCCUGGCUGAAGUGCGGCAGGAGCUUGAAAACAAGACAGCCGAGUUUUUACAGCUGAAAGCCAACUGCGAGACCCUAAAAGGUAUAUUAUCUUGGCAGUGGACUUUCUUUCUGGCGUUAUUUACGCAUUUAGUACUGGCUUUUAUGCUGUGGUGGUGGUGGGCCCGUUGUCUUCAGAGCAAGUUGAUCAAAAUCUUGAAUGUUCCCGUCAAUUGA